AUGGCUGAUUUGAUUCGUGCUAUGGGGGCGCCGAUUGGCCCCCCUGUGAAGGAUAAGUUGGGUUCCCCAUCAACAGAGUCGGAAGAUGGUGGUGGUGACAUUGCAGAACUCGCGGCUGAUCUAGAGCUAGAUGAGGCUGAUGGACCAAGUACUAAUGGUGAGAGACAAGCAGUGCUAGCCCCACCUGAGACUGAAUGGUAUCAUGGGCGAUUAGAUAGGUACACAUCUGAAGAGAGACUCUGGGCUGCUGGAAAGCUUGGCAGCUACCUAGUUCGAGAAAGUGAUAGAAAACCCGGUUCUUAUGUUUUGAGUUACCUGGGUCGCACAGGGAUUAACCAUUUUAGAAUAACAGCUGUAUGCGGCGAUUAUUACAUCGGUGGUCGUCAGUUCGACUCCCUGACUGAACUCGUAGGUUUCUACAGUCACUGUUCUGAUCUGCUUAAAAGGGAACGUCUUGUUGAACCUGUUCCUCCACCAGAACCCGUCAAUGAUAAAAAGAGGGUAGUAGCUAUAUUACCGUACACCAAGAUGCCUGACACUGAUGAGCUCACCUUCCAAAAGGGUGACAUUUUCUUUCUGCAUAAUGACAUGGGCGAUGGCUGGCUCUGGGUUACUGCACAUAGAACUGGGGAACAAGGAAUGAUUUUCAGAGAGUUAGUCGAGGAUCUAGACCCUUCCAUUGAUCCGAACACUGUUUUCUCCUGGUUCCACCCUAACUGCACUAAAAGUGAAGCGGUCGACAUGUUAGUUAAGGCUGGUCCCGGGAGUUUCCUCGUCAGACCCUCGGAUAACUCGCCCGGAGAUUAUUCCUUGUUCUUCCAUAUAAACAACCAAAUCCAGAGGUUCAGGAUAGAGAAAAAAGGAGUCAGGUAUUUGAUGGGUGGCCGAACAUUUGAGUGUCUGGAUGCUGUUAUUAAUAGAUACAGGAAGGAACAGAUAGUAGAAGGGCAUACCUUAGGACAGCCGCUGAUUGCAGAAGGGCAUGUCAUAGAACCACAACAGAAUACGACUGGGGCAGCCGCUGAAAAGAUCUAUGCGACAUUACGCGAAUGUCGUGACCAAAUUGGACUCAAGAAAACAAAAGGAAUCAAGCACCAAGGCUAUUUGAAUAAAAAGUCGGAUAAAGUAACUAAGAAAUGGAAGGCGUUAUACUUUGUGCUGUUGCAAGAGGGUACUGAUACGCAUUUAUAUUUUUAUGACUCACCAAAGAGGACAAAACCGAAGGGCUUGAUUGAUUUGUCAUGUGCCUAUCUAUAUCAGGUUCACGAGUCUCUAUGGGAGCGCGAAUUUUGUUUCCAACUCGUAGAGCGCGCUCUACCAUGUUUGUCGACGCACACUUUCUUAUCUGCCAAUUCGGCGGCUGAGGAGCGCGCUUGGCUAGAAGCUCUCAGGCCGCUCUGUGUGCCGCAGCAGGCGAGACAUCAGUCCAAGGUGGCUCGCGUGGUGUGGUUGCGCGCGCUCCGCGUGCGUUGCCUCACGGCGCACCGGCUCCCGGCGCGCCUGGCGCCGCGCCCGCACCUGCGCCUCGCGCUCGGCGCCGCGCCCGUCGCACGCACCAAGCCGAAGCCAUCGCCGGACCCCCAUUGGGAUGAUGAGUUCGUUUUUGAUGAUGUGCCUCCAGAUGUAACUUCGUUCACAAUAACUGUCCACAACACCGGGAAGAGGGGUAAAGAAUCUGAGGUUGCUGAACUAACAAUAGAACUAGCGAAUCUGGCAAACGGCGAAGAGAUAGAAGAAUGGUAUCCUCUUGUCGGCAUGACACCUAUCGGAGAAUGGGGUUCCUUAAGACUGCGUAUUAGAUAUAUGCAAGAGUUAGUGAUGCCUCGCGAAGAGUACAACCCGCUGCGACAAUUGUUAUUGGAACCAGGAGUGCCCGCUGUGAAAGCGUUAUCUGACCUUUGCCGUACCGAUAGACAACCACUGGCUACUUCGCUGCUGCACGCGUUCACGGAGUGCGGGCGCGGCGCGGAGCUGGCGCGCGAGCUGGUGAGCGCGGAGGUGGCGCGCGAGCACGACCACCGCGCCAUGUUCCGCGCCGCCUCGCUCGCCACCGCGCUCGUCGACGAGUUCAUGCGCGAGCUCUGCAAGCCCUUCCUGCAGGCCGCUAUAGCAGAAACGGUCCAAAAAUUGAUAGAUGCGAAACAAUCAGCUGAACUAAAUCCAACGAAGAUGGACUCACCUGACGAUGCCUGUAACAAUGCGGAAUUUCUACUUAUGAUCCUGGAUCAGAUAACAUUAUCGAUUUUCACAUCUCCGGAGGCAUGUCCCCGGCCUGUCCGUUAUUUGUGCGGUUGCUUGCAGCGGGCGGCUGUAGCCAAGUGGCCCAACGAACGGUUCGUAAGGACCAGAGUCGUGUCAGGGUUCAUAUUCCUGCGGCUGAUCUGCCCGGCGCUGGUGGAGCCGCGAGCGUUUGGGCUGGUGGUGGCGCCACCGCCGCCGCACGCGCAACGCUCGCUGCUCAUGGUGGCCAAGUGUCUGCAGAACCUCGCCAACCUCAUAGAGUUUGGUGCCAAAGAGCCAUAUAUGGAGGUUGUUAACCCGUUUAUUCUCAAGAACAAGGAACGUAUGGUUGUGUUCUUGGAUCAGCUGAGUAACGUGCCGGACCCUGGCAAUCCACCGCCCAACACAAACAACAAUUUUGAUAUUGCUAAGGAGCUAGCGACCCUCCACCACAUAUGUGUGUCACACUUGACGGAGUUACAAGGGCUGGCCAAGACUCAGCCGGCUAUACGCAAACUAGUCACUGUCACAGAGAUGCUCACUAAACACAAGCACAAGUAUCUAGAGAUGAUCAGAUAG